UUGGUUAAAUCUUCUUUGCAUGGAUAUAUAAAUUGAGAAACAAGCUCAAAAGGAUUUUCUCAAAUUCAUCAAACAACAUUUCACAAACAACAACAAUCAACAAUGGCAACUUCCAUGAUCCAUAUAUUCGUCACCUUCAUGCUCGUGGCCGCCCACAUGGCCAUCGCCGAUACAAACAUGCUUCAAGAUUUUUGUGUUGCUGAUCUCUCCAACGGUGUGAAAGUCAACGGAUACCCUUGCAAAGACCCAGCAAAAGUAACACCAGAAGACUUCUACUUCGUAGGCUUAGCCACUGCUGCAGCCACAGCCAACUCCACAAUGGGCUCAGCUGUUACAGGAGCCAACGUUGAGAAAGUGCCUGGCCUCAACACUAUGGGAGUCUCCAUCUCUCGGAUCGACUACGCACCUGGCGGACUUAACCCGCCACAUCUUCACCCAAGAGCUUCCGAAGCCAUCUUCGUCCUCGAAGGCCGUCUCUUCGUCGGCUUCUUAACCACUGCCGGGAAACUCAUCUCCAAACACGUCAACAAAGGAGACGUUUUUGUUUUCCCCAAAGCUCUCCUCCAUUUCCAGCAGAACCCUAACAACGCUCCGGCAUCCGUUCUCGCUGCUUUCGAUAGUCAGCUUCCCGGGACUCAAGUUGUUGGACCUUCUCUGUUUGGUGCUAACCCACCGAUUCCUGAUGACCUGCUUGCCAAGGCGUUCGGAGUUGGAGCACCAGAGAUUCAGAAGAUUAAGGGCAAAUUCCCACCAAAGAAAUAAAUAGGUUUCAGACCAGAGAAUUAAUGUAAUAAUGAUAUACAAUGAUGAACAUAAAAAUGUAAACUUCUAAGCAAAAGCAAAAGCUUGUAACUUUUCUUUAUUGUUGUAGAUACUCUUUUGACAAAUUUUGGUCCUACAAUGAGACCAGUUUUCACAUGUUUGAACAAUCUCUAGAGUCUAUAUAUCGUCGAUUGUAAUCGACAGUUCUUGAA